AAAUGCCUGCCUCCUUGUGUGACGCGCAUAAUAGUUCUGGGGGCCUAAUCUAAAGUCUCCAACAUUUACGGUAUUCAAGAUACGGUUAAAAUAUCGAUGCGAAGAAAAUGGGAAGAUUUAUCGAAAAGACGAAAAAGGCAUCAUCGACUAAGCCGUCCUAAGGAGUGAAAAGAGUUUUAAUUACAUGAAUCAGGAUGACUGGGUUACCAGUGGAAAAAUGGGCUCUCGUGAUGCGGUAUUAGUUUUUCGCACUAAUAUACUUAAUCCAAAAACUAGAAAGACUUUACGAGAAGCAAAGUCGAUACGAAUUGAUCUUCAAAAUCGAGAGGUUACGUCUUCUUCGAGCACUUAUGUGUCAGUUGAAAAAUUGCCAAUUUGCAGCGAUCGGCGAAAUCAACUUAAAGCAACGCUUAAUUCAUAUUCUUCAUGUGAUACUUCUGUUUCAAGUGACGGAGAUGAAACAACGAAGUAUAUUGAAAAGAAGCCUAGAACAAAACAAAAACAACACAUUUCAGUUGUCGAAAUUGAAUCUAAUUUAAAUAAGGAAAGUGGCUAUGAUUCCACAAUGGCUUCUCAAUCCAAUACUGACAGUACCACUAGCGAAGAAGAUCAAGAUCCAUCUAGUGAGGAAGAUAAUGACUGUGGAGUAAAUAUGCCUGCACAUCAAUUCCAAAUUACGUAUAAAUUUAUUCAAACAGAAACAAAAUUAUUGAGAAAGAUUUUCAAUGUUCAUGGCUUAACCGAAGUUCAGAGCGAAUCAGAUUUUAAUUUGUUGUGGACUGGAGUUCACAUGAAACUUGACACCUUACGCAACUUAGCGCUGUAUCAACGAGUUAACCAUUUUCCAAGAUCAUAUGAACUAACACGAAAAGACCGACUUUACAAAAACAUUGAACGAAUGCAACACUUACGUGGAAUGAAACAUUUUGACAUUGUGCCCCAAUCUUUUAUUCUUCCGCUUGAAUCGCGUGAUUUAUUAUUUGCUCACAAUAAACAAAGAGGACCUUGGAUUGUGAAACCAGCAGCUUCAAGUAGAGGACGUGGAAUAUUUAUUGUAAAUUCGCCAGAUCAAAUACCACAGGACGAACAAGUAUUAGUAUCCAAAUAUAUCGUGGACCCACUUUGUAUUGAUGGUCAUAAGUGUGACUUAAGAGUUUAUGUAUUGGUUACAUCGUUUGAUCCUCUAAUUAUAUAUCUUUAUGAAGAGGGUAUAGUCAGAUUGGCAACUGUUAGGUAUGAUAGAAACACUGAUAACUUGUGGAAUCCGUGCAUGCACCUUUGUAACUAUAGCAUCAACAAAUAUCAUUCUGAUUACAUAAGAUCAUCGGAUGCUCAAGAGGAGGAUGUUGGUCAUAAAUGGACCCUGUCUGCACUCUUAAGACAUCUUAAACUUCAAGGAUGUGAUACUCAUCUACUGAUGUUAAACAUUGAAGAUUUGAUAAUUAAAGCUGUUCUUGCCUGUGCUCAAACAAUUAUUUCCGCGUGUAGAAUGUUCGUACCUAAUGCAAACAACUGUUUUGAACUCUAUGGUUUCGAUAUAUUAAUCGAUAAUACUCUUAAACCUUGGUUAUUGGAAGUUAACCUUUCGCCAUCAAUGGGUGUUGAUAGUCCUUUGGAUACUAAAGUGAAAGCCUGUCUUGUUACUGAUUUACUGACCUGUGUUGGCAUUCCAGCAUUUAGUCCAGAAAUGAGAUCUUUUUAUACCAACAAAUCGGCACGACAACGUAGCUCAAGUUGUCAAAGGCAAGUAGACACAACUGAUUCAAGCGCUACACUUCGAUCAACAAAAACAAAAAAAAAACCUUUUGGUCUAAUUAAUUUAACACAAGAAGAACAACGCAUACUACGUAGUGCACGAUUGCAGUAUAUGAGACGUGGAGGUUUUGUUCGCAUAUUUCCAACAGAAGACACAAUGCAACGAUACGGACAGUUCUUAGAUUCUGCAAAUGGCAUUCCGCUAUCCACUCCCAAUGUUCAAGGUCAAACGUUUCAAGCAUUAGUAACGCAACAUAAUUACAACCAAAUGCUAUAUUCAAAUUUAUUCUGUCACGGUUCGCGAUGCAUUAAAGACGAUAAUUCACAAGAAAGCCGUAUUGAACAAUACGAACGGGCUUUGGAAACGGAUUCGGAAAUUUCUUUUUUAAAGAAGCAAACUGUAGAGAAAUGUGAAGAAGAAGGAAGAAGACUUCGCAAGCAAUUACUUAAGAAAAUUGGAAGUGGUUCCACAUUAACUCAUUUUCAAGCACGUCAAACGUUUAGCUUAUAUUUAGAGUCCGUAUUACGACGACUAACUCAAGACCCAAAAGAUAGUCAUGAAAAAAUCAUAUUAAAGUUUCUUAACAAAUAUGGUGGUGGUGUGAAACCUCCAGUUUUGUUUCGAAAUACGCAAAACAUUAGUAAAGCGCGAUCAGCAAUGGUAGCUAAAUUAUUAGGUGAUUUUUUGGAAAAUUACAAAAGGGAUACCGAAGCCUACGUAGAUUCAUUUGACCAUUUUGGAAUGAUACCAACCAGCGUGUACAGUUUAUUUUUAAUGCACGCCCAAGAAUCAGAUUUAGAGGCUGUCUUAACUCAUCAUACAAAUAUUACUGGAAUUAUGCCAUUUUUAUAUAAUCGAUGUGGAUUAUCAGUGCCAUCAACGCCGCCUAUUCCGUCCGGAUUAUACGGGUUCUUAAGAGCUCUGCCAGCAAUGGUAUCAAGUUCAGGGUUCUCCAGAGAUGUUAGCAAGUAUGAUGGGUAUUUCAAGAACUAUGAUAAAAAUUGUGAAAACAUACGUGAUAUUUCAUUAAGAUCAAAAAGCACAAAGGAUAUCAAAUAGAAAUAUAUUUGCCCA